AUGGCCACGAAGCACCCCCACGGGGACGCCGAUCCGUCCACCUCGCCUCCCCCGCCCCCGAGCCGCCGCCCGCGCGGCUUCGCCUCCGCCUCCAACCCUCCGGCGCCUCCUCCCCCGGGGCGGCGGCGCGGCGAGCGGGAGAGGGAGCGGGAGAAGGAGCGGACGAAGCUGCGGGAGCGGCAACGGCGCGCCAUCACGAGCCGCAUGCUGGCCGGGCUGCGGCAGCACGGCAACUUCCCCCUCCCCGCCCGCGCCGACAUGAACGACGUCCUCGCCGCCCUCGCCCGCGCUGCCGGGUGGACCGUCCACCCCGACGGCACCACCUUCCUCUCCUCUCCCCAGCCCCCUCUCCCUCCCCCCGCCCAAUUCCAGGGUGCUUUCCAGGCUACUUCUCUGGAAACCCCAGUUUUUACCAACUCUCUGAACAGCUACGCCAUUGGGACGCCAUUAGAUUCCCAGGCUUCAGCCCUACAAACAGAUGAUAGCCUGUCACCAUCGUCAUUGGAUUCAGUGGUGGUGGCAGAGCAAAGCAUAAAGAAUGAGAGCUAUGGGAAUUCAAGUUCAGCCAAUUCUUUGAAUUGCAUGGGAAGUGAUCAGCUAUUGAGAGCAUCAGCAGUAUGGGCGGGUGAUUUCACGAAAACUCCAUAUAUACCAGUGUACGCCUCUUUGUCUAUGGGCAUUAUCAAUUGUUAUUGCCAAUUGGUUGAUCCUGAGGCUGUACGCGCUGAACUAAGGCAUCUGAAGUCUUUGAAUGUUGAUGGAGUUGUUGUAGACUGUUGGUGGGGGAUUGUGGAAGCCUGGACUCCUCAAAAAUAUGAAUGGUCUGGCUACAGGGACCUUUUUGGUAUUAUUAAAGAGUUCAAGCUAAAAGUUCAGGUUGUAUUGUCAUUUCAUGGGUCUGGGGAGUGUGGAUCUGGUGGUGUGUUAAUUGCUCUUCCUAGGUGGGUACUGGAAAUUGCACAAGAGAACCAAGAUAUAUUUUUCACUGAUCGAGAAGGUAGGAGGAAUACAGAAUGCCUCUCCUGGGGAAUUGACAAAGAGCGAGUCCUUCGAGGGAGAACUGGCAUCGAGGUUUAUUUUGAUUUCAUGAGGAGCUUUCAUAUGGAAUUCAGAAGCUUAUCUGAAGAGGGUCUUAUUUCUGCUAUUGAGGUUGGAUUGGGUGCUUCUGGAGAGCUAAGAUACCCUUCGUGUCCAGAAAAAAUGGGCUGGAGAUAUCCUGGUAUUGGUGAGUUUCAGUGUUAUGACAGGUAUAUGCAAAAGAACCUACGGCAAUCAGCCUUGACACGGGGGCAUUUGUUUUGGGCCCGUGGGCCUGAUAAUGCUGGCUACUAUAAUUCAAGGUCACAUGAGACUGGCUUUUUUUGUGACGGAGGUGAUUAUGACAGCUACUAUGGGCGUUUCUUCCUUAAUUGGUAUUCUGGAAUCCUCAUAGAUCAUGUGGAUCAGGUGCUCUCACUUGCUACUCUUGCAUUUGAUGGAGCAGCAAUUGUGGUGAAGAUCCCCUCCAUCUAUUGGUGGUACAGAACUGCAAGCCAUGCUGCAGAGCUUACUGCAGGAUUCUACAACCCUACAAAUCGAGAUGGAUACUCUCCAGUUUUCAGAAUGCUCAAGAAGCAUUCCAUAAUUCUUAAAGUGGUUUGUUAUGGCCCAGAAUUUACAGUUCAGGAGAAUGGUGAAGCAUUUGCUGACCCAGAAGGUUUAACCUGGCAGGUUAUGAACGCAGCAUGGGAUCAUGGUCUAUCUGUAAGUGUAGAGAGUUCUCUUCCAUGUCUUGACGUGGACAUGUACUCUCGGAUCCUUGACACAGCGAAGCCGAGGAAUGAUCCUGACCGUCACCAUCUCUCAUUCUUCGCAUACCGUCAGCGAACUCCAUUCCUUUUGCAGAGAGAUGCGUGCUUCUCAGAGCUUGAGACCUUUGUAAAGUGUAUGCACGGCUUGCGUUCUGCAAACUUCCGCAUUCCCUUCGUGGCUAUCGCAAGAUUGAACUCAUAUUGCUGA